AUGCCCGCGGAUCCGAACCUACCCGGCCGCGAGGACAACACGAUGAGCCCGCCUCCGAGCGGCAUCACGCUCCAGAUGCUCGAGCGUCACUUCGACAAGAACCUCAAAGACGCGGCGCGGGAUCUGGGCGUCGGGAUGACGACGCUGAAGCGGACGUGUCGACACUUCGGGAUCGCCAAGUGGCCGCGACGGACGCUGAAAUGCAAGCGAGAGAAGCUUCAGGAGGCGCUCGAGACGCUGCGGAGCGAGGGCGCGGCCACGGCGUCGCCGGACGGACGCGUCGGCGUGACCAUCGACGGAGCGUUCCACGGGGUGAACGUGUGCGCGCGCGGAUUCGCGAUGAUCCCCGGGCGGCCGCUCGACCGAACCCCCGAGGACGACCCGAGCGCGCGCGAUUCGACGCGGAAGUGGAUCCGCGUGGGCGCCACGUCGCCGCGCGCCGAGGUCGCCGUGCGGCGCGAACGCGAACGCGAACGCGACGACGAGCGCCAGUACGAUCGGUCGCGGCUCGGGCCGAGCGCGGACGGCGCGGCGCCCGCGCCCGCGUUCGCCGGGUUCAAGCGCACGCGAAUGUCGGACACACAGUUCGCGGGCGUCGACGCGUGGGGCGCGCCGUCCCACCCCAAGGCCAAGGUCGGGGGCGACGAGGGAGGACGAGCGUCGUCGUUCGCCCAUCUCUCGAGACCGGCCGCGCUCGCCGCGACGGGCGGCGUCUCUUUCGCGAACCUUCCCGACGACUCGGACGAAGAGACGUUGUCCGCGGACGAGAUGAGACGCGGCGCGGCGCCGGACGCGUCGCCGCGCGCGUCGCACGUCCACCUCAAGCUCGACGGCGACCGGGGCGCCGCCGCCGCCGGCGGCGGCGGCGCCUUCGCCUUCGCCUCGACCCCGGGCGACGCGCGUCGACGGGGACGGGUCAGAGGACUCGGCGGGAGCUGGGCGUCCGCGGCGUUCGCGGUCGGCGCACACGAGACGACGUUCACGGUGAAGGCGUCGGUGGGGCGGGACGUCGUCAGGUUCACGCUGCCGCCGAGCGCGACGACGUUCGAAGACGUCGCGUCUCGGAUCGAGGACUCGCUCGACGACGGGAAGCGCGUGCUUCGGUUCAAGUACGCGGACGAGAGCGACGAGACGUGCGUCCUCGCGGGGGACGCGGACUUGGACGAGUGCCGCGCCGCGCACGCGCUCGCGGGGAAAUCGACGAUGCGGCUGCACUGCGAGCUUCGGUGA